UCUAGAGCGAGGGUGUACAUAUUUGAAUGUUUUGUUUAUGAAAUUCAUUUUUAUAACAAUUAAUUACUUAUUUUGAAAGUCUUAACAUGACUUUUAAAAUAACAGAAUUAAAAAAUGUGGAGGGACCUAUUAAAACGAAAAUAUUUCGUGAAUUAUUAUCAACAAUUACCGCUACGUUAAGUGUAUUCUCAUGCGGUAUCCAUUAUAGCUGGCCAUCCCCAACUUUACCAAAAUUACUAGCCGAAGAUUCCUACAUUCCAAUAAGCGAUGCGGAAGGAUCAUGGUUAGCAGUGGCGCCAGCUGUAACAUCAGUAUUCGCAGCACCAUUAGCCGCAGAUUUAGUGGAUCGUUAUGGGCGCAAAAUAUCAACAAUGUUAACCAUACCAUUAUAUUUCAUAUCAUGGCUUUGUAUUGGUUUCGCUCACGAAUAUUCCAUACUGAUUAUUGGCCGCUGUAUUGCUGGCAUUGCGGAUGGUAUCACUUACACUGCCGUGUUAGUGUAUGUGGGUGAGAUUGCAAGCUGUCGUAUCCGAGGAUUUUUAGCAAGUUUUAUUUCGGUGAUCCUUCUAUUUUCUGGAUUAAUUGUUAAUAGUGUCGGACCAUUCGUUUCGAUACAAACAAUGGCUUUUAUAGGCGCAAGUGUGCCUUUGGUUCAAUUAAUUUUAUGCAUUUUCUUACCAGAAUCACCUUAUUAUUUGUUAAUGAAAGAAGACACUAAAGCUGCUAAAGAGAGUUUACAAUAUCUAAGAGGUGGAAACUCAGCAAAUAUCACACAAGAAUUAGAAGAUAUUAAAAAUGCUGUGAAACGGCAAAUGUCUGAACGUGGGUCGUAUAAAGAUUUAUUCGUUGAGCCUGGAAAUUUUCGAGCAUUGUUAAUAUGCAUUGGAUUACGGACAUCGCAACAAUUAUCCGGCAUAGCCGCUGUUAUAUUCUAUAAUCAAUACAUUUUCGCAGCGAAAAAUGAAUAUAUUUCCGCAACAACAGCAGUGAUUAUUUUCAAUUCAUUACAAAUGAUUACAGUUUGUUUUUCGUCCUUAAUUCUUGAUAAAUUAGGUAGAAAAAUUUUAUACUCUUUAUCUUCUGCGGGCUGUGCAAUUACUUUAGGUAUUACGGCAAUAUAUUUUUAUGUAAAACAAGAUGGUAUGGAUGUAUCCAAUUAUUUUUGGAUACCAAUAGUCUCGUUAUGCAGUUAUAUUGUAACCUUCAAUAUGGGUAUGAGUGUUAUACCGGCUGCGAUGCUAACGGAAUUAUUUCCAACAAAUGUUAAAGCGAAAGCAUUAGCGUUAAUGGAUGUGUACCUUUCUCUUCUAUGUGCUAUUGUUGCAAAAGUAUUUCAACAUUUGGAUAGUACUUAUGGUAUGUAUGUUCCAUUUACGUUAUUCGCGUGUUGUUGUAUUUUGGGAGUUAUAUUUGGAAUUGUUUACUUACCGGAAACGAAAAAUAAAACUUUGGAAGAAAUACAAAUGAUGCUUCGGCGGAAAACUUUUGGUGGAACUUCGAUGGACAUUAAACCGGUUGAAGUAAAAAAGAAUAAAAGUGACGAAGACGUUUCUUCUUACAUUUAAGUAAUAACUUUCAGUUUUUGUAACGCUACGAAAACAUUCUGAAAAAACAUUGCAUUUAUAUUAUUUGAUUGAAAGAAAAACUUAGAAGAUAGCAUAAGUCGAAUAGUAAGUAUUUUAUCCGAUUGUUUAUCGCAGAUGUUUGCAAUAAUUUAUGAAAGUACUGAAUAAGGUACCAAAGUACUGAAGAAAUUUCUACUUAUAUCUUAAUAAAUGAUUUUUAAUCUCGUAAACAAAGAUAAAAUAUAAAAUAAUAUUUAAACCUUAUUUUUUUUGGUAAGGUUAUCAUCGUGUGUCUAGUGUGAAUCUCACGUUAAGAUUAUUUGAAAUAGACGAUUACCGCGAACAGAAUAUGAGCUAAGUUUUUUGGAGCUUUUCUCAGAUUUUCUGAGGUUCAGUGAAUGAACGGAAUCACAGGGUUAACCAAAAAGCUCCAUUAAAGGUAUGGCCAAUCUGUGGAUCAGUGAAAUAAGUCAAUCACAGGAAAUAACUAUCAAUUUAUCAACAGCUCCGACAGUAAAUUCGUAAUCUUCGUAAAAAAUGUUUUAAUUUGGUUUAUACCUGAUGUUAGAGGAGCUUUUUAAAAAAAAGUCGCUAAAAAUAUUAGAUAGCCGCUAAAUACACGCUAGUGCCGCGAAUAGCCUUACCAUUUCAUUUACUCCACACAUUUUGAAAGCAAGGAACAUCGCAUCUCGAAUAGUAAGA